GGAAGGAAAAUGUCGUCGGGGAAAGAAGUGGAAGUGACGAUCGCGUCGGCGAAGGACAUCAAGAACGUGAACUGGCGUCACGGUCGGAACAUGCCAUACGCCGUCGUUUGGGUCCAACAGAGCAACAAGUUCUCCACGAGGGUCGAUGAGGAAGGUGACACGUGUCCCCUCUGGAACGAGAAACUCGUCAUCCCUCUCCCGCCGGAGAAGCCUGUCGACGAUGAUGACAAUGUCCUCCGCGUAGACAUCGUCCACGCCGAUCCGGAGGAAGGCACCAAGUCCCUCAUCGGCUCUGCCCGUCUCAGACUCCGCGACGUCGUCAACGACUCCGGCGUUGACUUCCCAACCGCCAAAACCCUAAAACUCAAACGCCCUUCCGGUCGUCCUCACGGCAAGCUCGACGUCACCGUCACGGUCCGCGAUUCUCGGUAUCCAGCUCCGAGAUCGUAUCACGCACCGUCGUACGGUUACGGUUCACCUCACGCGCCGCCGCCGGUUGAAUACGCGCCACCGUCUCAGUCUUACAGUGCGCCUGCGCCCUACGCGCAGCAGACGGAGCAUUACGGUGCGUCCUACGCAGCUCCGCCGAUUGGGUAUCCGUACAACGAGCCGGCGCCGGCGUACAGUCAGCAACCGACACAUGGUUAUGCGGCGGAGACGGGGAGGAAGGGGAGAGGAUUCGGCGGGAUGGGGAUGGGAUUGGCAGUGGGAGCGGUGGCCGGAGCUUUGGGAGGGAUUGCAUUGAUGGAGGGAAUGGAUGCAUUGACGGAUCAUAUCGCAGAGGAGGCGGCGGAGAAGGUGGAGGCGGAUAUCGCCGGCGACUACGACUUCUAGAUGGAAGUUAUUUGCUGUUUUGCUUUGUCGAAUAGAGUCGCGCGCAAUAAAUGGGAUCAACCCAAUAAUAAGAAAAUGAAGGAAUCUAAUGAGUUUAUUGGGUUUCAAUCCAUUAAACGAUGGAAUCUAAUGAGU